GAGCCAGUGAGGGAAUUUGGAGAAGGAGUGCAAGAUGGUGUCAGCAUGGGAUCUGGGGUAUUAUGCGCGCACGCAUCGAGGGCCGAGACUCAAUUGCAGACUCGCAGUACCUAUAUGGAUGGGUUCUGCGGUCCUGCAGCCGCCGGUAUGCGGUCUGUAGCGCAUGGCGCGCCGCGCGUGCCUUUUUCCCCAACUCGAGGUCCAUCUCCGCCGCUCCGCCGGACGUUCGGGCAUCGUGCUACAAAACCUCUAGGAUGAGAACUGAGUAAAAC